CCCUACUGGUUCGACCGCUGGUGGCCGCUGGCCUUCGAGUCGCACGCCUUCGACGAGAAGCCGCAGCACGUCGAGGUGCUCGGCGCGCCCGUCGUGCUCUGGCGCGACGGCGACGACUGGCGCGCGGCGCUCGACCGGUGCCCGCACCGCUUCGCGCGCCUCUCCGAGGGCCGCGUCGCUGACGAUGGGUGUAUCGAAUGCCCGUACCACGGCUGGACGUUCGACGGCGCGACCGGCGCCUGCAAAGCCAUUCCCCAGGGCUCGACGCCGACGGCGCGCGCGGGCGCGACGGCGCUGCCGACGGUCGCCCGCGGCGGCCUGAUCUGGGUCUGGACCUCCGCGCUCUACGACGGCGCCGCGAACGCGGCGCCGGACGUCGGCGCGCUCGACGCGCUCUCGCUGCAGGCCGAGGUCUUCGACGCGGGCGGCGCGUCCAUCGCCGACUACUCGCGAGAAUUGCCGAUGGACGCGACAAUGCUCCUCGAGAACGUCAUGGACCCGUCGCAUUUGCCCUACACGCACCACGACACCAUCUCGAAGCGGGCCAACGCGGGGCCCAUCGACCUGCGCCUCGACCGCCCGGCGACGGACGAGGGCUUCACCUUGGCGAAGUCGUUCCCCGACCGCGCCGACGUCUCCGGCUUCGUGCGCUACGACGCGCCCUCGCUCGUGCUCAGCGAGACGGACCGCGGGCCGGGCGGCUUCCGCGACUGGAACGUCGUCUACGCGGUCCCCGUGGCCCCCGGCCGCUGCCGGCUCUUCGUGCGCGUCGUCUUCGAGGUCUCGAAGCUCGAGGGGCCCCAGAAGUUCGUCUUCGAGCGCAUCCUGCCGAACGCGCCGCCCUGGGCCAUCCACCUCUCGAACCACAAGGUCCUCGAGGACGACAACGUCUUCCUCCACCACGCGGGCGCGGCGUUGCGAGACGACGACGCGCUGCACCCGGCGGACUGGGAGCGGCGGCUCUACAUGCCGACGGCCGCCGACGCGGGCGUGCGGGCCUACCGGCGCUGGCUCGACGCCUACACGGCAUCCCGCGGCGCCGUCUUCUCGACGCACCUCGCGCCGGGCGCGCCGGCGCCGCGGACGCGGGCCGCGCUCGUCGACCGGCGCGCGUCGCACACGGACCAGUGCGCGAGCUGCUCGCGGGCC